AUGCGACAACAGGAAGAGCUAAGGAUUCAGCAAAUGGCUCCUACUGUGUCCGAAAAUGCCGUGAAAUGGACGGAUAGAGAGCGACAAGUGGAGGAGCGGAAGAUUCGGGCAUUGGCCGCUUGGCGCGAGUCAACUGACGUACAUUCGAAUAACGCUUCGGCUAGGGACGCACCAUCCACUGCUCAGAGUAGACCCAAAUACUACGCCGGGUCUGGCAGUAGGCACCAUUCCGGGGGCGACGGCGGUUAUUCUGGCGGUGGUAGUAGCAGCAAUGAUUCUGGUGGAGGAGGUUAUUCCGGGGGAAGUACCGGUGAUUCAGGUACUUCCAGCGGAGACUCUGGAGGUUGUGGAGACGGGGGUGGUGGAUGUGGCGGCGAUUAG